CUUGCCACAACGACUGCAAACCAACCCGUUAAACCAGCCUCGGAGAUACAACCGAACACAGCGCAUUGGCAGAGCAGUAGUGUGGCAUUGCAGCGUAGAUCACUGUCCAUUCCGCGAUCAUCCCCCCGCGGUUGCGGCACGGGACCGGAAUCACCGCUUGCAGCCACCGACCAGGCUGCUGAGCCAUUCAGUCUUAAAUUAGCGCUGAUGAAAGCAAGAGCUUCCACUCUGGUACAUUUCUCGAAGAAAAGUGAACUAGUCAAUUGCAUCAAGUCCCUGCGGUGCUGUGCAAAAAAAAUACUUCUGGGCUAACGACGCCUCGGCGGAAAUCGAAAGUGCUCGAACCGGCGAUCAUGAAGCUCACCCGAUUGGCGUUGUCCCUUUUGCUUCUCGUGGCACCCUCUUGGAGCGAGCUCCGGAAAACAUUCCACAGCAAAAUCAGCAGGAGCAGUGGAGGUGUUAGUUCGAGCAGUCGUUAUCUGUUUCACCACUAUCAUGGUGGGCGCGAUCGAGGGCACGAUCAUCAUCAUCAAAGCUUCAAGAAACAGCUGGCUUCGACGACGAUCAGUGAGAAUGAACUGGAUGCGACUACCCUGCCACCGCCACCGCCACAGGAUGAGGAGACUCCGACUCCAACUCCCACUGCGUUGCCAUACGAACGAUCGCUGCCUUUGCGGGUGCUCAAUUGUAUGACCAAAGUUUCCAUCCUGGACUGUAGUAAGCUCUACGUUCUACAGAACAUGGAAUCGCGACACUAUGAAUUUGAAACGACUGGAAAUUUGACUUACGACGUGCAGCAAAUCUUACUGCCCUCGUACCAACGCCCGGACAAUAAAUUAUUCGAAGAUCGUUUACUGCGGCUCAACUCCACAGAGGUCGAUCGACGAAUCAACCAGGGCCUGGCGUUGCUCUUCAACGAACGCCAAGUGGACUUCAAAUUCCUGCCAGGAUUCGAACUGCAAAUCAAGCCCAGCGACAGUGACACGCUGGAGUUCUCCAUCCAGAAACAACUGUCCGAAAACGAAUCUCAGGAGGGUCGCGCCCGGGAUGAUGAUGAUCGGAAAGAUCGCGAUCGCAAAAAGUACAAAGGUACCCGCAAGGUGAUGAAGCAUUUGCUACGGCUGGGAGUGCCCGCUGUGUUGCUGCCGUCGAUGCUGCUGGCCGGAGUGCUGCCCAUGAUGCUUCCGGUGCUGAAGUUUGCGACGAUUUUUACCAGUUUUGUGAAUCACGCGGCACUGGCUGCGGCGGUGAUGUAUCUGGCGAAGCAGCACGCGCAGGAACAGGAGGAGAAACAGACGGUGUACUUCAAUGCGGGAUACAAUUGAGUCCUAACUUGGGGUGGAUGCUGUAAAAGUGGUGAUGGUAGAUGGGAAAAGUAAGUGUAGGUGCUAAUAAUUUAUUUAUUGCAUAAGAUUUUAUUUUUAUAAUUUUGAUUAUUAUUUAGUGAUCAUAGCAAUAGCUACAAGACAAAGAUUUCGCCUAAUAAAUAGAAAAA